AUGGAGAACCUGGCCUUGUUUCUGGUCUCCAAUGGAAAAACUCCUGCCACAGGGGAAACGGCCUGCUUCCUGUUGUUACAAGUAGCAACCACAAGCCGCAUAUGGCUUCUCAGCAUGCAAACUUACGACAUUCGUACGCACCUAGAGAUCAGUAUAUUUAAUAGCUCAGAUGCAGGACGUUCAUCGCUGUAUGAGAUUAUUAACUUAUUUGGAGAAUUACCUGGACUGACUCUGGACUUCAGGGCCCCAGUGCUGGCGGGGAACACCAUUAAGCCUGUCCUCAGAGCACAACCAGACUCUGUGGUCUCCAAGCAGACUAAGGUGACCUUCUUGUGUGAGGGGACCACGAGAUCCAAAAAGUACUGUCUCUAUAAAGAGGGAAGGAAAAAUCCACAGUGCAUUGAAAUGCUCCCUGAGCCUGGCAACAAGGCUGGACUUGCCAUCUCAAGAGUUGACCAGAGCCAUGCAGGGCGAUAUCGCUGUUACUAUCUGACCCGUGACAGAUGGUCAGACGACAGUGAACCCCUGGAGCUGGUGGUGACAGGAGCAUACAGUAGACCCAGCCUGUCAGCCCAGCCCAGCCCUGUGGUGACCUCAGGAGGGAAGGUCACCCUCCAGUGUGCCUCUGAGAGUUACGACAAGUUCAUCUUGACUAAGGAAGGACCACAGAAGCUGUCCUGGAAGCAGGAUUCACACUAUAACUAUUCUAUAUAUAAGUACCAGGCCUCGUUCUCUGUGGGUCCCGUGACCUCCAGCCAGAGGUGGAUACUGAGGUGCUACAGCCAUGACAGGAAGAAUCCAUGGGUGUGGUCAUAUCCUAGCGACCCCCUGGAGCUCCUAGUCUCAGGAAACCUCCAGAAACCCAUCAUCAAGGCUGAGCCAAGCUCUAUGACCACUUUUGGAAGUUCCACGACCAUCUGGUGUCAGGGAACUCCGGAUACAGAAAUAUAUGUUCUACAUAAAGAGGGAAGCCCAAAGCCCUUGGGAGCACAGACCCCAGAGGAGCCUGGGAACACGGCCAAGUUCUCCAUCGGUUAUGUCACAGCGGAACACGCAGGGCAGUAUCGCUGUUACUGUUACAGCUCGGCUGGUUGGUCAGAGCGCAGUGACACCCUGGAGCUGGUGGUGACCGGAUUCUACUACUACAGUACACCCAGCUUGUCAGCCCUGCCCCACCCUGUGGUGACGUCAGGAGGAAACGUGACCCUCCAGUGUGUCUCACAGAAUCAAUAUGAUAAACUCAUUCUCACCAAGGAUAAUCUGAAGUUUACCGGGUCCCUGGACACACAGUAUAUACGCUCUCCUACACAAACCAAAGCCCUGUUCCCUGUGGAGCACAUGACCCCAAACCACACGGGGACAUUCAGAUGCUUUGGGUACUACAAGGUUACCCCACAGUUAUGGUCAGGACCCAGUGAACCCGUGGAAAUACACAUCUCAGGGCUAUCCAAGAAGCCGUCUCUGUUGACUCACCAAGGCCGUAUCCUGGACCCUGGAAUAAGCCUCACCCUGCAAUGUUCCUCUGAUAUCAACUACGACAGAUUUGUUCUGUACAAGGAGGGGGAAGCUGACUUCACCCAGGGCUCCAGCCAGCAGACCCAGGCUGGCCUCUCCUUGGCCAACUUCACAUGGGACUAUGUGAGGCAGGACGUGGGAGGCCAGUACAGGUGCUAUGGUGCACACAACCUCUCCCCUGAGUGGUCAGCCUCCAGUGACCCCCUGGACAUCCUGAUCACAGGACAGCUCAGUGUCAGACCUUCCCUCUCAGUGAAGCCUAACUCCACAGUCCACUCAGGAGAGAAUGUGACCCUGCUGUGUCAGUCAAUAUACAGAGUGGACACUUUCCUUCUGUCCAAGGAGGGAGCAGCCCACCAACCCCUGCGACUGAAAUCAAAGUUUCAAGCUCAGUGGUACCGGGCAGAAUUCACCAUGAGUGCUGUGACAUCCACCCACGCGGGCACCUACAGGUGCUACGGAUCUGAAGACACAUCUCUCUACCUGUUGUCCUACGCCAGUGCCCCUGUGGAGCUCAAGGUCUCAGGACCCAUUGUAGACUCCAGUUCACCGCCCUCAGGGCACAUGUCACCAACAGGAGGACUGGGAAGUUACCUGAAGGCUCUGAUCGGAGUCUCUGCGGCCUUUCUCCUGCUCCUCAUCAUCCUCAUCUUCCUCCUUCUCCGACGAAGGCGUCAGGGAAAAUUCAGGAAGAAUGCCCAGAAAGAGACAGACUUGCAACUCCCCGCAGAAGCUGCAGAGCCAGGAGCCAGGCACAGAAGCCCCCAGGAGAGGUCCAGCCCAGCUGCUGCCACCCAGGAAGAAAGCCUUUAUGCUUCCGUGGAGGACGUUCGACCUAAGGAUGCUGUGGAUCCGGACAGUUGGAGACCACUUGAGGAAGACCCGCAGGGAGAGACAUAUGCCCAGGUGAAAACCUCCAGGCACGGGAAGGCAGGAACCCCCUUACCUCCUGCCAUGUCAAGUGAAUACCCAAACACAAAAGAUGGACAAGCAAAAGAGGACAGAGAGGUGGACAGUCAGGCUGCCGAAUCUGAGGAGCCCCAGGAUGUGACCUAUGCCCAGCUCUGCAUCAGGAUGCUCAGCCAGGGGACAGCUGCAUCUCCUCCCUCCCAGGCAGGGGAAGCCCCAGAGGAGCCCAGUGUGUAUGCUGCUCUGGCGGCUGCUCAUCCCAAGGACAAGGAGAAAUGA